AUGACUGCAAAGAUGCCAAGGUCUCGUGUUCAAAUAAAGACGCUCCCUGUUUACUGUGAGAGUGAGGAGGUUCAAGGUGUAAGAGUUCUUCAUCGCAUUUUUUGGAGCUUCUAUCCGUGUAUAGUAGCAUUCCGACACUACAAGCCACUGGUGCAGGUUGAUGACACAUACCUGUACGGAAAAUAUAAAGGUGCACUUCUAGUUGCUGUUGCACAGGAUGGGAACCAAAACAUUGUGCCUAUUGCGUUUGCAAUAGUCGAGGGUGAGACGGCAGACGCGUGGGAGUUUUUCCUAAGCAACCUGCGGAGAUAUGUUGUUACCAUCGAUGGCGUCGGCAUUAUUUCUGACCGCCAUAACUCCAUCGACGCAGCAAUAGCUCGCAGCAAUAGAUAUUCUAGGACGGAGCAAGAGUACAACAAAAACUACCAAAGGCUGAGAGAGCGGGGUGAGGCGUAUACGCAGUGGUGUGAUGAGAUCAGUAUUCAGAGAUGGGUGUUGGCAUUCGACGGGGGUCAUCGUUGGGGACAUAUGACGACAAACUUGAAGAGCGCCGAGGCUCAUGAGCGUGUCCGCAACGGAUUCACAUAUUCAGAAUUUGCCACCAAAAGAGUCGAAGAAAGUUUUCGACAUGCAGGCAACAUUGUGGUCAAUAGGUUCGAUAGGCGCAACGAGAUGUUUGAGGUUCGCGAAAUGCAAGAUGGUUCCAUUCACACCGUUAAUCUCGCUCAACGACACUGCGAUUGUGGCCAUUUCCAGGUCGAGCGACUCCCAUGUCGCCACGUCCUUGCAUGUUGCGCCAACCAGCGUCUUGAUUGGCAAAUAUAUGUGCAUGACGUGUACAAGAUGUCCGAAAUUUGCAAGGUCUACAGAGGCGAGUUUGUCCUGAUGGGUGACCCAUCUACGUGGGCUCCGUAUGAAGGAGCGAAGGUGAUCGCGAAUUGGACAUUGAGGCGCGCGACGAAAGGAAGACCCAAGUCAACCCGCUACUUGAAUGAGAUGGAUUCGCGGGACAUGCGUCGUCCUCGCCGGUGUACUAUAUGUGGACGGGAGGGACAUAGCCAGAGUCGAUGUCCGCAGCGCGCAGGUCCAAGCUCUGCCGGGGAUCAAUCGUGA